AUGGCCACCAGUACCACCAAAACUGGCCAACCCCUAGAUCGAGCCGCGAUUGACUCUAUUCUACGGCGUAGACUCUUCUAUACGCCCUCCUUCGAAAUCUACGGCGGAGAACGUGGUCUGUUCGACUACGGACCUCCAGGAUGUGCACUGCAAGCCAACAUUGUCGACAUGUGGAGGAAACACUUUGUUCUCGAGGAGGAUAUGCUUGAGGUCGACUGCACCAUGCUGACCCCAGAAGCUAUCCUCAAAACCAGUGGACACGUGGACAAAUUUGCCGACUGGAUGUGCAAGGACCCGAAGAGCGGAGAGAUCUUCCGAGCAGACCAUCUCGUUGAGCAGGUUCUUGAGGCGAGAUUGAAAGCCGACAAGGAUGCUCGUGGAGUCAAGGUUGACGUUGAUGAGGCCAAGGAAGCCAAAAAGAAGAAGAAGAUUACCCACAAAGCCGAGAAACUUGACGAUGCCCUGGUCCAAGAAUACGAAGAGACACUGGCUAAGAUUGACAAUUACGGAGGGGACGAGCUCGGAGAGCUGAUCAAGAAAUACAACAUCAAAGGCCCAAGCACCGGAGCAGACCUUGAUCCCCCAAAGGCUUUCAAUCUCAUGUUUCAAACACAAAUCGGCCCCAGUGCUGAUAAGCCCAAUGGCUACCUCCGCCCGGAGACAGCUCAGGGACAGUUCUUGAACUUCCAGAAGUUGCUCGAGUUCAACCAGCAAUCAAUGCCAUUUGCUUCCGCGUCUAUUGGGAAAUCCUUCCGUAACGAGAUCUCUCCCCGAUCUGGACUGCUUCGCGUUCGGGAGUUUCUCAUGGCCGAAAUCGAGCACUUUGUUGACCCGGAAAGCGGAAAGAAGCAUCCCCGAUUUGCAGAGGUCAAGGAUACGAAACUCACCUUACUCAAUAGAAAGACACAAUUGGCAGGAAGCACCAAAUGCGACGAGGUGACAAUUGGUGACGCCGUCGCCACUGGACUAGUUGAUAAUGAGACCCUUGGAUACUUCAUCACAAGAAUUCAGGAUUUCUUGUUGAAGAUAGGUGUGGACAAGACCAAGCUACGGUUCAGACAGCACAUGGCGAACGAGAUGGCUCACUAUGCUGCCGACUGCUGGGAUGCGGAACUCUUUACCACCUACGGAUGGAUUGAAUGUGUUGGUUGUGCUGACCGAAGUGCUUAUGACUUGACCGUUCAUAAAGAAAAGACCGGUGCACCAUUGGUUGUUCGAGAAACGAGAGCUGAACCACUCAUCAUCGAAGAGUUCCAGGUUGACUUAGAUCGAAAGAAGCUUGGACCCAAGUUUCGUAAGGACGCCAAAGCUGUAGAGUCAGCCGUGGAUGCACUUAGCCAGGACCUCCGAGAAAAGCUUUCUUUGGAGUUGGAAAAGUCUGGAAAGAUCGAGGUCCCCACGCCCGGAGUUGGCAGUGGGAUCACCGAACUCGAGAAGGAUCUGAUUAAGAUCGAAAAGAGAAAGAGAACUGAGCAUAUCAGAGAAUACACACCAAAUGUCAUCGAGCCAUCUUUCGGAAUUGGUCGUAUUCUAUACAGCAUGAUGGAACACGUCUUCUGGAUUCGCGAAGGCGAUGGAAGUCGCGGUGUUCUUUCCUUCCCACCGGCAGUGGCACCCACCAAGGUUCUUCUGGUCCCGCUUUCCAGCCACGCCGACUUCAAGCCAUUCACUAAACAGCUGACCAACCGGCUUCGCCGCGUUGGUGUCUCGAAUAAGGUGGAUGAUUCUUCCGCGAGUAUCGGAAAACGAUACUCUCGAAAUGAUGAGCUCGGAACACCUUUCGGCAUCACCAUUGAUUUCCAAACUGUCAAGGACAACACACUCACGCUACGUGACCGUGAUUCUACCAAGCAGGUUCGCGCCAGUGAAGCUGAAAUCAUUGCCGCAGUUAAGAGUCUUGUCGACGGUGAGGAGACAUGGGAAGAUGUGGCUAAGAGGCUACCUGCGUUCGAAGGACAGGAAGUCAACUAA